AUGAAAGUCAAAAUUGCUUCAGGAUUGAAUCUGAGAUACUCUAUCAACAAGCAGAAUGAUACUCAAGAGUUGAAGUUGAGCAUGGUGCUAGAAUAUUGCAUUGAUGGACUGUGCACUGACAUCAACAUAACGCAUUACGUCCCAAUCCCUGUAUGCAACCCAGGCUUCAGCAGUUACAGUCUAUCUGUGGACGGUUUCAUAGAGACAGUAUCAGGACAGGUCAUCCAGGGAGCAUCGCUAGCCCUUCUAUCACAGCUUGGAAUCGACCCAGACUUCUUCAGCAGUCAACCGUGUCUCAACCCCAUGGGGCCUCAGUCUUAUGGCAAUUGUCCCAGCAUGCAGUUUCCCAGUAGCCUGACCCCUUUGGCUCACUGUGGCAUCCUCAACACUUGCUUUGGCAUACAGUGCUGCCUGGAUGUGAACCUUGGACCGUUACAUCAUUCAUUCAGUACCUCUAUGGUGAUAGAUCCAUGCCUUGGCCAGCUGACGCUACAGUUUGGCAACUGGCAGUACAGUAAAUCCCUCUCACACCUGGAUUUUGAUACAAGUCAGGAGAUCACUAUCGGAAACUUUGUCAUGCUCAGGUUCACCUUGGAGCUCAUGGAUGGUGAGAUAUCAAUGAGUCUCUCCAUAGAUGCAUGCAUCCAUGGUCAUUGUACAGGACAACUCAUGAUCUUAGAUGGUGCAGUAUCCCCUCUUCCUAUGUGCUUCCCCAACGGAACCAUCUCCUGGAAUAAUCUACCAGGUAUAACCUCAAUCUCUCAGCUCGGAAGCCUGGACGCUGGAUUUGAGGUUGUGGCUCAGGCUCUUGGCUUACCAUCUCGUCUAGUCUCGGCCACACCUUGCCCACCUGUGAUCCAGCCUAGUCAGUCUGGAGUGUGUCCACACCUCCCCUCUCUGCCCACACUUCCGUCAGGAGGUGUAUGUCACUAUUCAGAUGCCUGCCUAGGGGUGGAGUGUUGUCUAGCAGUAGACCUCGGCAUUAUCAGUCGCACUCUGAGGGCAUGGCUGAUUGUAGACCCCUGUGAUUUCAAACUGAGUGUUGGAUUUGAGAACUGGAGUUACAAUGUCACCCUUUUAAGUUACAAGUGGGGCAAAGUGACAAGGGAAAGACUGAGUGAUGUUGUCUUGCUUACCUUCACAAUCGACAAGACCACAGACAACCGUAACUUGCUCCUCUCCCUCUCCCUGCAACUCUGCAUCGCUGGAGGCUGUGCUCCUGACAUUGUCAUCCUUCAGGACUUCACAGCACCAAUACCAUUCUGUACUCCCAAUGGAACUUUGGAGUGGGCUCAAGACUUGGGUGAUAUCGGAGAUUAUGCUAGUGGCCUUGUAGUGAACCGUCUGAGUGUCAGCGCUGAUGUUCUCCUACCUCAACCAUGCAGUGGUCCACCAGAGCAAAUCACACCAGCAACCACAGGCUGCAGUUCACUUGCUGUACCAUCAGCUGUCGCACCAUUCUGUUCCCUGGAUCAGUCAUGCCUUGGGGUUGGUUGUUGCUUGAACUUUGACCUGGGCAUAGUUCAGAGGUCAUUUUCUGUCUGGGUGAAGCUGGAUCCGUGUGCUCGCACUUUCUCAUUUGGAUUUGAGAAAUGGAGUCAUGUUGAGACGAUUGGCAUACAACUACUGCAGACUCAUUCCUUUGAGAAAACCCUAGGAGUUCUGAAGAUCAGGUAUGAUGUAGAGCGGCCCCAUAAUACUAUCUAUGACGUGGAUCUAGACAUCAGCUUGUGCUGGCAGGGUGCAUGUGCUGAACCCAUGGUCAUUCUCAGAGAUGCAAUGUUCUCAGGAUCUCAUUGUGAUGAUCAAGGAGGAGGCAGCAGCACAAGGAGGAAGCGAAGAAGUGUGGACGACCUUGAAUCUGCUGAGGAACUGGACAGCACGGAAGACCUGACAGCUAAUCCUAUAGACAAGGCCAGGGCCUACUUUAAGACCAUUCUUAGUGGAGGCUCCACCUCGUAUUCAGCAGAGGAUAACACCAUGACUAAGCUGCAGCCAGAGAAAGCUGUCAAGCCCAGGAUUGCUGAAUCAGGUACAGCAAGCCGUCGCUCCAUGGGUCUUCUCAUCUUUGGUGAUGAAGAUGAAACUCCAGUUACCAGGAGAAGGAGAAGGGACCUGUCACUCUCAGUGACUGCAGGAGGAGCUAGCUUGUUUGACCUUAGUCUCAGUCCUGGCGCUGACUCGGGCACAUGGCAGGGAGAUGUCAUCAUUGGUGGAGGAUUAACGCAGAAAGGUUUGGAUGCUCUUGGCCGACGUAUUGCCAACAUGACCGUAGGGGAGUUAGAAGCAAUGCUGGAUCUGCAGAAUAUCGACCCAUUCACUGUGGUUCAGUUGAUGAAAGACCUACGUGCUCUCUUUAGGACCUUUAUUGAGGAGCUCAUCGAUGUCAUCAUCAAUGGCAAGGCAGAUGACAACUUUAAGCAAUUUGACCUUGUCCUGAGUGGGACAAUUCCUUUCCCAAGACGACAUGCUAAAUUUUUGGAAGCUGGCUGGGGCGUACCAAUCGGUGCAUUUAUCUUCCUGGAAUUUACCAUUGAAGCAGGAGGUUUCUUUGACAUGAAGAUACCAGUAUCUGUUGCCCUCGUGUCCAUGAAAGCACAGGGUGGCAUAACACCUAUGGUGGGUGCAUAUGUAAAGGGUGGUGUUUCUGUAAAUGUUGGAAACUUCCUGUUUGGUGGGAUACAACUGCAUGCUGAUGUUCUACACACUAGCUUCCCGAUUGUGGCUGAGAUUCUCUUCUCCAAAUUCCCACUAGAUGUUGGAUUGAAGAUGGACAUGGAUAUGAUUCCUCUGGUCAUUCGCCUGAAAGCUUUGGUGACGGUGGAAAUCCCCUUCUUCGGAAGGAAAACUCUGUUCAACAAGGAACUAUGGCGCUACACGGCUCCUGCUGUACACAAAAAUAUAUUUGAUAUUCACACCAAGGAGCCUGAUACAUCACCUCCGGAGAUUGAAGCAUACUCAACACCAGUGGACGCCGCUGGAUCCACAAGGAGGAGUGCAGCAGGCACCAAUCUGUGUGGCGUUGAGCAGGUUCCUGGACUAGACUACACAGAGCCAGCCUUCCAGCUGGAGAUGGUAGCAGCUGAUGACAAGAGCUUGGUGAAGUUCUUCUAUCAGGUUGGGACGGCACCUGGAGGUAGCGAUGUGGUCUCUAAGACGGAGUUUGGUGGACCCUCAGCUAUCAUUUCACAAAUUCUUCUAGGAGGACAUCCUCUUUACUUCACUGUUUAUGCCAUGAACAACGGUGGAGGCACUUCCACAGCUACCUGCAGCCUGCCGACCUUUGACAUCACCUUGCCAACGGGUCGCAUCACACCAGACUUCACCUCCACCAGUCACCCAUACAUUCUCCGUGCAUCGGCCGUGGUGUAUGAUGACUCAGUUAUCUUGAUGCAGAAGGAAGGUGUCGGUCUCAGCCCUGGAAUUUGGGGCGAUCAGAUUGUGCCAUGGAAUACCAUUGAUAUCACUGAGAGGCAGCACCUUGGAGAUUCAAUCAAUGACUUUCACUACUUCACCGCUGCCAAAAAAGGCCGCCUCAUCUCCAAGCCAACGUCAACCAUCAUUCAUCACAACCCCAACUUCUGUGUGCGGGACUGCCUAGUACUCCCAGAAACCCAAUGUCUGAGUAUCAACUACGACUAUGGGGACUUCACCUGUGAACUGCUGAAGGAAAUUGAGGGCCAUGGGGUCGAAGUUCAUGAGUCUGGACUCUUCUCCCAUUAUGAGCGGCUUGGUGUGGGCCACGCUGUAGAGUUCAAUCACGAAUCACUCCAACUCGUCCACAACAACCUCUACUACUUCAACAUAGAGCUCCUCAACUACGUGGGGUACGAGAACAUCAUUUCGUCCGUCGGCAUCAUCACGGACUUCACUACACCAGACCCUGGGCUAAUUGUGAAUGGGACCAGGGAUGAGGUGGUGCGUGAAGCGUGUGUGGAGUUCACACCAGAGGAAUGGGAGAGACGAUGCAUUGAAGACACACCGCUGGUGAACCACCGCUAUAUCACUGAUGGUCCUGGUUCUAUGACAGUGUUUAAUGGCCAUGAGGAACUUGUUGACGUGCUGUAUACAAGAAGCAAUACCUUCAUGGCAGCCAACUGGGAAGGCAUCCAUGACAAUGAGACUGGUAUCCAUGGCUACACCUGGUCCAUUGGUAACGCUGUAUGUGAUGAUGAUGUCAGCAUGCAUAUUGAUCCUCAUGCUCAUCUGUUUGAUGAGUCAGAGUGGACCCACCAGGGUCUGGUUGUCAAUGUCAAUCUGCCAGAUGGUGCAUAUUACAUCACUGUGCGUGCUCUCAACAAGGUAGAGUUUGGCGGUCCUAUGGCACUCACUGUGUGUCACAGCACCCCUCUGAUUAUUGAUAAUACUCCGCCCAUCAUUUAUAGCAUCGAUGACAUCACCUAUGACUCGUCCAUUGGUAGAAUUGGAUUGCAGGUUAAUGCAAUCGAUCCUGAGUCCCAUCUGUUUGAGUAUCACCUAGCAGCAGGCAGGACACCCAGGGAUAAAUCACUGCGUGAUUGGGAGGCUCACGUCUUGGCUGAACAGCUCUACAUGGACUUCAAGAUACCCAAUGGCAUACCCUGCUGGGUUAAAGUCAGAGCAGUCAACAAUGUUGACCUGCGCACCAUAGACCAUGCUGAUGAGCCAAUUCUCGUAGACGACACUCCGCCAAUUGCUGGAGACUUGUUUGAUGGACCCUACGCUGGUAAAGAUCUCGUGUUUACCAAAGACAGAAAUGAGAUUUGUGCUAAUUGGCACAAUUGGUAUGACCCUGAGUCUGGGAUCUUCUCCUACCUGUGGGUGGUAGGCACCCAGCCUGGCCUGAGUAACGUGGUAGACUUUGUCAAAGUGUCUCGUCGAGAGCACAGUGCCUGCUCUGGCUAUGUGACCCUACAGCACGGGGAGAUGUACUACUCAACUCUUACAGCCUUCCAUGGUGGAUAUGAUAAACUCAACGUGUCAGCUUCAUCAGAUGGAGUGACUGUGGAUCUGACUCCACCGAUACAAGGUAGUGUCUAUGAUGGCUUACUACCAGGACCUACAGAUCUAGACUUCUCCUCAAAGCCAGCCACAGUGGAGGCUCAGUGGCAAGGAUUCUCUGAUCCUGAGUCUGGUAUCGAAGACUACCAGGUUACAGUCUAUCGCAAGCAUGAUGGCAGUGCCAAUCACACAACUGACUUUGAAGUCAUCCAUGAGUCAGAGGCAGUAGGCAGUGAGACAUCCUUCAUUGAGUGGCAUCACUUCCAUCUGCAUCACAAGGACCAGGUCUAUGUCAACCUACGCACCAUCAACCAGGCACUGAAUCACAUCGAUACUCCGACGAAUGGGUUCUUGGUAGACCUGACUCCUCCAAUGUUAAGAACUCUUGGAGAUGGGCUGGUAGUGGGUCAAGAUGCUGACUUCCAGUCACAUUCUGACAAUCUUGCUGUGCAUUGGGACUACUUUGAUGAUGAGUCUGGCAUCGAGUCCUUUGAGUUGGCAAUCUAUGAGAUGACAGAAGGGAACAAAUACAAGAUCUUCCCAGUGGACAAUAAUCCAAAUAGCUUUGAAUUGAUUAAUGACAUCACGGCUCGAUCCCAUGUACAAGCUGGGCUGACACUGCAACCAGGGGCCCUGUACGUGACGCGAGUCAAGGCCAUGAACCAGGCCAAACUAGUUGCUUCUCAUGAAACCAGUGGUAUCAAGGUGGAUCCUAGCCCUCCUUUGAUGAGAUAUGUCCGUGGAGGCAAUCUGGAUGGAGAAGUGGAAGAAAUCAUCAAUGGAUAUUUGUACCAGAACAGUCUCAGCACCAUCCAAGCCUCCUGGCUGGCUAUAGAUGGAGAGAGUGGCAUCAAGAGCUACUGGGUGGCAGUAGGAACAGCUCCAAAUUCUGAAGACAUCAGACAGUAUACCUCCUUGGGCUCUAAGAGCAACGGUGUGCUAUCAGACCUGAAUCUCCAACUUACUGACCCAUCAACAUGCAGUGAUGAGGCAUUCACUGUGGGUUGUCAGCCCGUCUACUACGUGUGUGUCAAGAGUCACAAUGGUGCAGGAACAUUCAGUGACGUCAUUUGCUCCUCACCGAUCAGAGUGGUGGAGGAAGAUCAAACAGGUUAUGUGACUGAUGGCCCAAGUAUGGUACAGGAUAUAGAUGCACAACACGAGAAAACAACAGUCUCCAUCUGGUUUGAUGACUUUGAGAGUCAACUGCAUGGCAUCUCUCACUAUGAAUGGGCAGUGGGUACAACCCCUGGGGGUGAGGACGUCCAACCUAUGACCUCUGAUGGAAUAGUGCCUGGCAGUGAUGACGAUGUUCAGGGAUUGGCAGGCAAAGGCAAGGCCCAGUCCCCUCUGCCCCUCCAGCAUGGAGUGUCUUACUACAGCACACUACGAGCCAUCACCAAUGCAGACAAUGUCUUAGAAUCCACCUCCAGUGGCUUCACGGUGGACAUCACUGCACCAGAGAUUAUGAUCACUGACCUGGGCCAGUAUGAUGCAAGCAUAGGCCUGAGCUUAGACGGUGGACUUCACCUGUAUCAGUCUAACACAGACUCCAUCGAUGCCAUGUGGGAUGUGAUUGAAGGAGAAAGUGACAUCAUGACUACCUAUUUCUCCGUGGGUCGCUAUCCAGGGCGUGGAGAUGUCUUCCCUGUGACUGCAACUAAUAAAUCCUACAUUCCAUCAGCGCUGAUGACUCCUGCAAACAUAGGAGUGCCUAAUGUUCUGAGUGUUCAAGCAGUCAACAGUGUUGGGCUGAGAAGAACUGUCUAUGCCACAAGUUUGACCGUUGAUAAUACUCCACCUACUGUCGGACAGGUUCAGUGUCCUGCCUUCAUCCAUGCCAAUAGCGCCCUCUUGUGUAGUUGGACUGGUUUCUUGGAUGCUGAGUCUGGCAUUGAUCAUGUGGUUUUUCUGGUUGGGACGGCCCAGGGACAAAAUGACGUGUUCCAGUCGAAUGAUCUGCCUGGCUACCUCACUCACUACAGUGUUAGAGCAAUCUGUGACAAAUGA